AUGUACUUCCGCAGAGGAAUUUCCAUCGCCACUCUUUUAGUCACUCUCUUUCACCAAACCGCCAGUGUCCAAGCCCAAUGCAAUGCUCCAUCACUGCGAAAAGAAUGGCGUGAACUCAGUGAUCCCGAGAAACAAGAUUACCACAAAUCUGUCCGGUGCCUAAUGAACAAACCCAAGGAACGCUAUCCGGAUGAGAGCUCCGUAGUCACUCGUUUGGACGACUUGACAUAUACACAUGAUAAACUCGCCACGAUAAUCCAUAACGUGGCGAAUUUUCUUCCGUGGCAUCGAAUGCUAGUCCACGAGCACGAAAAUUUGUUGCGCUCACAAUGUGGUUACAAAGGACCUUACCCAUACUGGGAUUGGACUCUUGACGCCGACGCCAAUGCCGUUCCUACUUCUCCAGUCUGGGACGCAGUCCUCGGUUUCGGAGGGAACGGUGUUCCGACCGGCAAUAUGACUGCAGGAUUCAAGAGUUGUGUCAUCGACGGUCCUUACGCUAAUACUACCCUAACCAUCGGCGCACCCACAACUCAAACCGGUCCCGAGGACAGUCCUCACUGCUUAAUCAGAGAAUGGAAUAAUGGUAGGCAGGAUGCAAAUGGAAACUGGAUCAUCGGUGAUAUGGCCAAGAGUUCUUACAAUACUCCGGUGCUGCGGCAGAUUUACAGCAGCACAAACUAUUUUGACUUCGAAUGGAGGCUAGAAAAUGGUCCCCAUGCCUACCUUCAUAACAGGAUUGGCGGAGACAUGAGGCCCCAUACCGCUCCAAACGACCCGAUAUUCUACCUGCAUCAUGCCAACAUCGAUCGUAUCUGGGCCAAGUGGCAGGGUGAUAACGUUACUCGUUUGCAUGCAGAUUACAGUGGCUGGAACGAUAUGUGGCACACACAGCGAGCAUCAAUCAAUGAUACGAUGCCCAUACUACAUCUCUUGGAUAGCCAAGUUACCGUAAGGGACUAUAUGAAUCCGCAAGGUGGUCGCCUCUGCUACCAAUACACGGACUCUUCGUAA